AUGGAACUCUCGACUAUCCUGAUCAUCGCUGUCCUCUUUAUCGCCUUUCGAGUGUUCCAAGCGCGCAGCGACGCCUCAAAGCCCAUGAUGUCGCACGGAAAAGUAGCCAACAUUGACAACCUCGCCAUUUUUAGGGCACUCACCUCCGAAGGUCCCGUCGUUGUGGACUUCUAUGCUACCUGGUGUGGACCCUGCCGCGCUGUGGGCCCCAAAGUCGGCGAGUUGAGCGAGAAAUACCCGAAUGUGCGCUUUAUCCAGGUCGAUGUUGAUAAGAUGCGUGAGGUUGCGUCGCAAUACCAGGUCACUGCUAUGCCUACCUUUGUUUUCUUGAAAGAUGGCAAAGAAUUUGGUCAGCGGGUACGUGGUGCCAAUGUUGGUGCCCUGGAAGCUGGUAUUAAGAACCUUGCUACUUGA